AGUGUUUACGGCCUGUCAUUGGCUGAUUCCGCUGUCAGUCAAAAGCUUCUGUGCUCCUAUUGGCUGUGGUGUUUCUGUGUGCGCUCGUUCUUUGCUCUCGGGCGGACAAACUGGGAGAGGCCUGUCAGUCCCGUUCAGCCUGCUCUGCUCUUUGAAGCCCCGCCUCCCGCCGUCAUGUGACGGUGUCCAUAUCAAACAGACCCCGGUGGACAGACACGGAGCUCAACGGAAGUGUCGCUCGGUUGUUUAAACAUCGUGUUUCUUCGUUAACGUGUCGAGUCUCGUUUUUUUCUCCCCGGGAUGUUUUUGUAGUUUAAAGGAUCAGGUUCAAACUACAGACGGAGCCGUUUACGGCAUGACGUAGAGAGGAGCGUGAGAGGAGAGAGCGCACGUGUGUUCACAGCUGAGCUCUGGUGAUGGAGGAGCCCCCCCCGGCCUGUGAGGAGGAGGAGGAGGAGGGCCGGUCCUCCUCUCCUGUUGUUGGUGUGGGUCUGUGUGACUCAGCCUCGCUGCUGUGGAGGGUGGAGGACUUGAAGACGGUCCGGUCUUGGGGUCUGGUGGGGGCUCUGCUGGGUUCACUGCCCCGGACCCCCCGACAGAACGGGCGACUGGGGAGACCCCUGCUCCUGCUGCCGGAGGAGGAGAGACUGCUGACGGAGAACCAGGCUGCUGCUGCUUUACCUGGUGCUAACCAGCAGAAUGUAGGAGGGGCGGAGCUGCGUCGGCGGGUAGAGCAGUACGAGGAGGAGCAGCAGAGGAGUUAUGAGGAGCAGAGCGUCCUCGCUCUGGAGGACAGGAAGUCAGCGCUGCUCCGAGCUAUGACAUCACCACACACAGGUUCAGACCCAGAUGAGGCCCUGCGGCACCGCCUGGAGGCCCUGGGCCGCAGCUUUACCUUCCCCCGGUCGGCGCUGGCGGUCCAGCUGAGCACAGUGAGGGCGGGGCUGACCUACUGCUCCGAGGACCGGGCCUUCCUGCGGGCCGACUGGCCGAUCAGAGUACAGGACGACCCCCGCGCUGACAUCAGGUACCAGGUGUUCAGAGACUUGAGGGGGCGGGGCUUCUACCUGACCUCAGCGGGGAAGUUUGGAGGAGACUUCCUCAUUUAUCCAGGUGACCCUCUGCGUUUCCAUGCUCACUUCAUUGCCAUCUGUCUGUCCCUGGACGAGUCCCUCUGUCUGCUGGACGUACUCGCCAUUGCUCGACUCGGGUCUAAUGUGAAGAAGACGGUCCUGCUCUGCUCGCCAGGGCUGGACGGCACUAUGGUAUACACCUCCCUGCAGUGGAGCGGGAUGGUCUGAAGACAGAACAGAGAGGAUCAUGGGUAGGAGGUUGGUGUUUGUUUCUGACACAGCGUCCAGGACUCCUUCAGGACCCCUGCUGGUCCUCAGGCUUCGGUUUAGGAACAGCCUGAGACCAGAGGAGGUUAAAAACUGAGGACAGAAAGAAACUGAGCAGGUCUGACUCUGAGACUGGACUCAUCAGUCAGGAUCAGGUUCAGGGUCUGACACCUGUGCUACAGUGGAACCAGAAACUGAUGGAGGAUGUGAAAGAUGUUGAGCAGAGAUGGAGGGAAACAACAUUUAUAGUUCAGAGGUUAAAACAUGUUUAAUAAUUCGACCGUGUAGUAUGUGAAGUGUCCACCAGGGGGCAGAACCACAUCUGAAACCUCAGUCCUCAGUUUGUUUUGGUUAUAAACAGGAUUCAAUGUGUCUGUAA